GCAGAUAAGGAAAACACACGAACAUCAAAAACCCCUCCCAAACCCUCGCAGUUCUUACCGACCAAACGAACAAUCUUGCAAACAGUAUACACGCUCAAGUCUCAGCUGCGAGUAGCUGAAAUGGCGAGCCUAAGGUCGGCAAUGGACUCCUCCUUCUGGGACCAAAGCGUGUCCUCCCCACAAACCCUGGAGGGCUCGGCCCGGGUCGUUCCUGGCCAGACGUUCCCUCUGGACGGAGCUCGAGGCAGCCGAGCACUCCGUACUCAGCAGCUCUCCCUGCUUGGAAAUGGUUUUCCUUUGGGGAUUAUUCCCUCCUAUGGCCCUGCUGCUCUCAAGGAGUUGGGUUCGUUUUCGCUUCAGACUAUGUUGCUCAAGCCGGAAACUCCUAGGUGGUGGCUUGGAUUAGUUGGGCAGUUCCGUCCAAAGAAAUUAAUUUCUUCUAUUAAAGAUGAAUUGUCUAGAUUGUCUAGUUUUGAUGAUUUGGAGUUCCCUGGAUUCUUCCAAGAUGUGGCAAAGCAUUUCAUUGACAAAUCACCCUUUUCGCUGGGAUUAUGGUCACAGUUUUCUUUGACUCCCUCAGCAUCUGUACUGUUGUCCACAGAAGCACAUGGGGAGAAAAAAGGACGCCGACACAAAUUGAUGCUAUAUGACCAGCUUCCUCUUCAUGAUAUUACAUUGGAGGCUGCAUGGCCCGAGUUGUUCAGGGACCACAAAGGACAAUAUUGGGAAGUACCCGAGUCAAUAUCAUUAGACCUUUCAUCACUCAUUUCUGAUUCUGGAUUCCGUUACCGCUUUGGUUUACACAAAAAUAGCGGUCAUCCUCAGGCACUUAAUGCCACAAAUGGUGAGGCACCUUUGACCUUAAUGCCUGGAUUAUGUGCAAAGGCUGCAUUUUCUUAUGAGCAGAGCCACGACUUUUGGAGAAAGGAAGAAGAGGAAGAUGUCUUGGUGGAAACAGAGCAGGGCACGGUUGUGCGACCUUCAUAUGAUGUGCGUCUCAGAGAACCAUUUUCAGCUCUCUCUGGAAUUAUAGGUGGCACCUGUGCGGCCUGGUUUGGGGGUAGGGAGAGCUCAGUGGCUGUUGCAUCACAGGGAGAUGAGGACAUUUCUGUGAAUGCUAGGAAGAGAAGUCCACUGAGUGCUGAUCUAUUUGGUUCACUAUGCUAUACUUACCAGCAGGGCAAUUUCAGAAAUCUAUACCAUGAUCUGACCAGGAUAGAUGCUCGCUUGGAUAUUUGUUCAGCGUCAGCUUUUGCCACAAGUGUUCUCAAUGGCCUGAAGAGGUCUUCUGUUAAUAGAGCAGAAAAUCCUGCCUCUUCCCCUAGGUUCAAUUUGAUCCUCCAACAGCAGGUUUAUGGGCCAAUUGUCUGUCGAGUAGAUUCUAGUGUUUCGCUGGGUUCUUCGCCCGGGAGACGUGGCCCGCAUGUGGAGGAUUUCAUAUUCAGCUUAUGCUAUUCGUUGAGGGUUCUAGCGUCGGGGAAAGUUGUAGCUUGGUAUUCUCCAAAAAGAAAGGAAGGGAUGAUUGAGUUGCGUGUAUUUGAGUUUUAAUAUGUAUUCUUUGUUAUUUCUUUGCUUAUGGCUCUGGUUGCUUCCGCCCUUGGGAACUAAUAUUUUCAUCCGGAAAACUGACUGCAGAAUCCACAUGCAGCUUCCAUUUUUCUCAA